AUGGUACUGGGAGAUGAUCAUAAGGUUUCAUUUGCUGUUGAUGGGAUAGAGAUCACCCGAUGGGAUGAUAUUGAUUUACUGGGUGUUAACAACUCUAAGUUUACAUUUGACAAACACGUUACAAAUUUGUGCAGUAAAGUAAAUUUGCAACUUCAAGUUGUAAAAAGAUUUAGACAGCUGAUAACAGGACAAAUUAGGUUAAAGCUCUAUAAUGCAUUUAUACAACCCUUUUUUGGUAAUUGUAGCGAUCUGUGGCAUUUUUUAUUGCAGUUAAAUAGGCAGAUACUUACAGUAGUUUUAAACGAUUCAUCCAGCAGUUAUGAGGAUCUACUUACCAAACUUGGUAUGACCACCCCAGAGGCAGGACGGGUGCAAGGCAUUAUGUUGACAUUGUACAAAUGUUUACAGGGAAUGGCCCCGCCUUACCUUCGAGCUUACAUUCAAGAGCGGCGUGUAUCAGAUUAGUUGCUUUCCAAGCUUAGCCUCAAGACUUUUUAUAGCAGCAGCUCUGGCUUUACUGCCUGCAUGUUAAGACUACCACCUCUGGUUUGGGAACAUUUAAAUACUUUGCUGCUCAUGCCUGGAAUAACCUGGCCGAUAAUAUCAGAAUGACCGAAACGCUUGCCACUUUUAAACGCAAUAUCAUAGAUUAUGUUUAUUAAGAGUUUUUGUUGUUUUUUCCUUUCCCUCGAGAAUGUCGAAUUGUAGAUCUUAAUGAUAUUUUGUUAUGUAAAUUCUUGUAUCAGUGUAUCAGUGUAGCUAAAAUAUAAGUUAAGCCGUUAUGUCCUUUAUUAGCUUUGGAUCUUUUCGGUUUUUAUAUUAUGUAGAUCGGAGAUACUAACACUAUGUGCUACUCUAAAAUUACAAAUAAAAUAAAGUUAUGUACGUAUGUAUGUUUGUAUGUAUGUAUGUAGGUGUACCAAGCACAGUGUGAAAGGUUGAAGGAAAAUCCUCUUUUACCAAACACCAGUGUUAUCUUCAAGUCGGAUCCCUACUUUGACAAGAGAGAUCGGUUGCUACAGGUAAAAGGAAGAUUGCAGUACUUGGGCCUACCUGAGGGUAUGAAACAUCCAAUUAUCUUACCGUAUGGGGCAUCCAGUGGUUAA